UCGUACGGUAUUUUGAGCAUGUUUUUGUUUUGAUAAUUGGUAACUUAGAAUAUUCCUACUGUGGGUAGCAGUUAGGAAACAAACACAUAAGUACAUAUUUGCUGCAAUAGUCGAGUAUGAGUGGAAAACGUUUCUUAUAAAUAAACAUCUUUAAAAAUGUUACGAGCUAAGAGCCUAGUUUAUUUGCAAAUGAGAUUGAAAAGUCAGCGAUGGGCAUUCAAAGGAAAAAAAACGAAUACUCAGCGAGCUCUAGAAAGUUUCGAUGACUUUUAUGGAUCAGUUUUUGGUAUUCGUUGGAAAAACAUUCGGGCAGCGUUAUUAACGGAGCAUAAAUAUAUAGCUGUAGUAAAUAACUUUGGUGAUGCAGAUAAAACUUGCAAUGGAAUGGAAUUAAACGGGGCUCUAAAUAUAAAAUCUCUAAUAAAAGUAGUAGAAGAUCGCCUUGGGCGCAAUAACAAACUGUCGAUAAAUGGUUCAAAUAAUACGCUAGAUGAAAACCUAUUCAAAGUACUAUGUAGGCAAGAAGAACGUGAGAAACAGUCGUUAUAUCCUAUGAGUUCAAUAGCAGAAGCAUCCGUCCAGCUGCAGUACUGUGCAGGCAACGCGACAGAAUUUAAAAGCAAUUCAGAGAAUGGAGAGAAUCAAAAAUUUAUAGAAAGUCUAGAAAUGGCGUUUGAAAAUGAUACUCAAUUAGCAAAUAGCCGAAUAAUAGAUCCACAGUAUGGGACAGGGGGCUUAUAUGAGUUUAUGCCGGCAAACAAAAUAAAAGGAAUGGAAGAUUGGAUACCUGAAUCAGAUCAUUAUAAAUACUAUUCUACAAAUACUGAUUUUCCUUUAAAAUUUGAGUUGGAAACGGAGUUGUGUUAUCCAGAUAAUCUUAAAUUAUACACCUACGAGAUCGGGAAUUGUUCCGAAUUCAUUACGCCAAAAAAAUGUUUAACAGGUGCACUCUCACAUUAUCUAUUAGAUGGUGCAUCAGUGCUGCCGCCAUUAUUUUUAGACAUUAAAGAAGGUGAGCGCGUAUUGGAUGCUUGUGCCGCACCAGGUGGAAAAUCGCUUAUAAUGCUACAAACCCUUUUCCCAGACACUUUGAUAUGUAAUGACAUACAAGAAUCGCGUCUCAACCGAAUUCGUAAAGUAAUGCAAGAGUACAUAUUUGACUAUAAAGAGAAGUGGGAAAAUAAACGGAUAGUUUUCAACCAAUGUGAUGCAAAAUAUAUGGAUAAUUACGAGAGCUUUGAUAAAAUUCUGGUAGAUGUACCAUGUACUACAGACCGCCAUUCUGUGACCGUAAAUGACAACAAUAUAUUUAAAUCGACUCGUAUAAAAGAGCGACUACGGAUUCCAGAACUACAAGCUGACAUCCUCUCGAAUUGUUUACGACUAUUAAAACCAGGUGGCAGCUUAAUUUAUUCAACAUGUUCACUUUCACCUGUGCAGAACGAUGGAGUUGUACAUAUGGCGCUACAGAAGGCUUUUAACGAAAAUGGUAUAACCGCUACAGUUAAAGAUUUAAGUUACAUAAUUAAGUUCUUCGAGGACAUAUUUAAAUUCGAAAACCAUAGGGUUCUAAAGUAUGGACAAAUGGUGCUCCCCUAUUUGCCAGCUAACUAUGGCCCAAUGUAUUUCUGUAAAUUAAUGAGAAAUAUGUAAUUUGACAAAAAUAAGAUAUAUUUUUUUGCAUAAGUUAAGUUAAUUAUAUAACAAUUUGUAUAAGUAAAUUACAA